UGUGAGCUUUUGGUCGCACUUAAAAGUAGAAAGAUAGUGUUUCUUUUGCAUGAAUUGUUAGAUCUUCUUCUAAUGGGAAGUAUAUUUAACUCGGAAGUUAUCAAUAUACAGUACAUUAAAAGCAGCAACUCGAAGUGUUACUGUAACACUACUAGUCGGGAAAUGAGUGGGCACAAUUUUGAGAUUGUGACAGGAGUAAUUGAGGUGAUUAAAACGAAUUGCAGGCGAGGAAACUUUGAAAAUGAAGGAAUAAAAUAGCGAGCAUGAACAUGGGUAUCCAGGAAUAUAUUAAUUUAACAUCAGUUUAGAGUAAAAUUGGAACACUAUUUUAGCGUAGUUAGUAAUUUACCUUGGUUUUUAUGCAAAGUUAAUCAAACUGAAAAAUUGUGUGACAUUUUGCCUCACUCAAAACUUGCAAGGUCACAAAUCUAUUAAGGAUAAGAUUGCAAAUAUUCGACAAAUCUAAUAGUUACAUAUCAAAUUACGCUAUCAAUCAGCAAAUAAAGUCUUCAAAUCAUUGGAACUCGCAAAAAAUCAUCUGAUAUAAUGAUAAACGCUGUAAAAGUUUAUGGCAGUAUUAUUCAUCGUAUCAACUCGAUGUCACGGGCGCGAAUAGAUAGAUUUACUAGUCACACAAAGUAAGAAUUACCCAAGGUUGGUCGGGGCCCUUGAUGAUAUUUACUUGAUCCAUGCCCAACAAAAGACAUGUAUAAUUUGAUAUUCUACAAAUUCUGGGUGUUGAAAUAGGCCAAAUUACUCUGAAAACGAUAUAUCGAUCGAACCUUAAGCCAUGACGAAAUUCUAUACAAAACGCGCUUGCUAAAAUGACACAUAAGGUAAGCGUCUUUUGGAGAAGUUGUAUUGUAUCGACAUUAUGUUGGUUCUAGGUAAUAACAUGUCGAGCUGUAGAUUGGUAGGUAGGAAAGAAUCAAUUGGUUAUUAUGGAUAAUAUGGGAAAUGCUCAUAGUAAAGUUGAUAGUGUCCAUGAAGACGAGGAAAGGCCGGACGAUAAUACCAUAUUUCAUGCCUUCGAACAUGAUGCUCAUUCAAGUCCAAGGGUACAACUCAAACUUUUUGUAAAAGAUUCAACAUGGAGAGAAAGACUUCGAUUUUACUUCGUCAAAAACCAAAGAACAAGUCUCCGAAUUCGACUAUUUAAUUUUAUACUCAAAGUUUGUUCUGUAUCACUCUACGUUUUUCGAGCGAUUUAUGAAAAUCCGGAAACCACAACAUGUUGUGGGUGGUGUGAACGCAACUGGACAGGAUCCACAAAUCCAUGGUGGACUGAUCAAUAUGAAUUUUCUUGGUGGCCAAUCAUUUGGGUGGAAAGACCAUUCGGGGUGUGGAUCAUACAGGUUAUUCUCGCUUUCUUGAGUCUCAUCCAAGCGAUCAUUACUAUAUUUGUCGAUUACAAAGGAAAUUUGUGGCAAAACAUAUUCACAUUAAACAAUUUCUUGGAAUUGUUGUGUACCGUUCCGUUCAUUGUUAGUGUGUGUUGGCCUCCAUUGCGAUGUCUCUUUGUUCCAGUUUUCCUCAACAUAUGGCUUGCCAACAGCAGAUUAAACAAUAUGAUCAAUGAUCUUCAACGCGUUACGCAAAAGCAGAAGAGUGCAAUGUUUAACCAAAUAAUUGUUCUUCUUGCAACAAUAACUGCAUUGCUACUGACCUGCAUAUGUUCAGUUCAACAACUGGAAAGAGCUGGAAAAUACCGGAUGGAUAUUUUUGAUUCGUUGUGGUUUGUUAUUGUCACUUUCAGUACAGUCGGUUAUGGAGACAUCACCCCAACAAUAUGGCCGUCGCGUGUUGUUGUCAUAGUAACUAUUGUAGUUGCGCUUGGAGUAUUACCGAGUCAGCUUGAAGAUCUUGCUCAUAUAUGGUCACAACGACAAAAGCAAGGUGGGGAAUACAGCAGACAACGGGCGACCACUGAAAAACAUGUGAUUGUGUGCGCUACUGAGCUACGUCUCGACGUUAUCAUGGAGUUUCUGAAUGAAUUCUACGCUCACCCAUUCUUUCAAAAACACUACGUAGUAUUACUUUCACCAAGUGAGUUGGAUGGACCUCUACGUACUUUUCUUCAAAUUCCAAUAUGGACAGAAAGGGUAAUUUAUCUCCAAGGAUCUGCUCUACGUGAAACUGAUCUCAUGCGAGCAAAGCUCGAUGCAGCGGAGGCAUGUUUUAUUCUGACGUCACGCCAAGAAACGAAUCGCGACGCAGCAGACGAGAAAACAAUUCUGAGAGCAAUGGCGUGCAAAGAUCAUGCGCCUCACUGUCCGUUAUAUGUUCAAAUAUUGAAUCCUGCAUCGAAAUUUCAUAUACAAUUUGCUGAUCAAGUUAUAUGCGAUGAAGAAUUCAAAUAUGCUUUGUUGGCGAUGAAUUGUUAUAUACCGGGAUUGUCAACAAUGAUAACUUUGUUAGCGCAUACUUCAAAGGGACAAGAAGGAAAUGCAUUAAAAGCUGAAUGGAAGCAACAUUUUGGAAAAAGCGCGGGUAAUGAAAUUUAUCACGUGAUUGCAGAGGAGAGUAAAUUCUUUGGCGAAUUCAUCGGAUAUAGAUUUGCUCAUGCGUCUCAGCUGGCUCACGCAAAGUGUGGAGCAGUUCUAUUUGGAUUGAAACGAGACAAUGAGAUAUUGAUCAACCCUGGACUUUCUAUGAUUAUCGAAAAGACGGAUGUUUUGUUUUACAUUUGUCUCACUCAAGAAGAAGAUGCCGUAAUUAUCAAUAAUACUGACGACGGUGGAGAAAUAGGUGAUAUUGCUAGAACUUUUGCGAGUGGAGCUGAAAAAGCACUUUUUGAGGAAGAAGCAAAUCGACAUAUAUCUAUUCGCGAACAAAGGGAACAAAAACAAAGGUCUAGCUCUGCAAGAUCUGCUUCAGGGGAAGCUUCCGACAGUCCGUCCAAAAGUUCACUGGGUGACGUAAUGUUAGACGGAACAGGUUCAACCGAGAGUCUAGAACACGUGAAUACAAACCAAAUCGUAAUUGGCUUUCCCACCGAUCUUUCCAUACAUUGGUCACGUUACUCCAACUCUUUGUCACAUUUUGAAAGAAAGAAAAUGCAUUGUUGUCUGAGACAUGACAGGCAAUGCACUCAUGAACGUUUCGAUCAAUCAGAAAAUGAUCCGAUAAUCGUCUGCGCGGAAUUUGCAACUCAAAGUCUUAUCAACGUCAUGAUACCAUUGCGAGCUCAUUUCAGGUGCCUCGAAAGUCUGAAUCCUGUGAUAUUGAUAUUAGAACAUUCGCCAGAAGAACAAUUUGUAGAAGCUAUAAGUUGCUUUCCGAUGGUUUAUUACAUGCUUGGAAAUAUGAACAGUCUAGAUUCUCUUCUGAUUGCGGGAGUAAUUCGAGCACAUACAAUAAUUAUAAUCGACAGAAUGACGUCUGUUUACGCAGAAGAAGAAUAUAUGGCGGAUUCAAGGCAACUCGUCGCUGCUCAAACAAUUUUCAAGUUAUUUCCAACAAUUCGAACUUGCCUUGAAUUAACUCAUACGUCGAACAUGAGAUUCAACAGAUUUGUGUCGCCAAACAAUCAGAUAAGCAUUGAAGAAUUGCGAAAGGAAAGGCGUUCAGAAAAAGCAUCGUCACUACCCUAUCUUUUUCGAGAAUCAUUUGCAUCAGGAGAAGUAUUUAGCUCCAGUAUGUUGGAUACGUUGCUGUAUCAGUCAAUGGUGAAAAGUUACUUGAUGACGUUGUUACGACUCUUGCUUGGACUUCAAUAUGCCCCCGGGUCCGGAUAUCUUUCAACGCACAAAGUUACAAAAUUCGAAGAAAACCGAAAAUAUUCUUCGAUAUUUAAAGAGUUCAGUUUCCGUACUGGUGGAAUUAUACUAGGAAUAUAUAGGAAAGUUAUCAUUGAACGCAGAGAAGAAUCUAUAUCAAACUUCAAAGAACUACCACCAGAGAUGGAAUCUUAUAAAGGCAAGCUAUUCGAUGACUCGGAGUUACAGAUUCCUGAAUCUCCACCCAAUCCCGUCAAGAAGCGUCGACACAGCAUCAAUGUGUUCAGCAUGAAAAAAUCGAUCAGAUCGAAAUUGCCUUUCAAAAAUCGCAAGCAUGCAAAUUUAAGCGUGCGUAGACUUCAACUUCUACAGCAUAAUAUGACCGAGCGAGAAAAACUUGACACAAUGAUACAAGCAAGAGCGACAAGACUUGGAAUUAGUAAGGAUCAAUUUCCUGCAAAGCAGGAAAAAACUUUGCAGAAAUCUACCCGCACUUUUGGAUACGUUUUACUGAAUCCUGCACCAGAUACUGUCCUAAAGAAGGGAGAUACGCUGUAUAUCAUCAGACCAGAAACUCGUUCACAUACAAGCACAGAUACCAUGAAUCUGUCAGCUACAUCAUCGAGUACCGGUAUGAACACCAUCGAUGAAACAAGUGAAUCGGGUUCCGUGUUCCUCGAAAAGGAGACGCCAAAAAGUAAAGUUAUGACUAAACAAAAAUCGUCCACUUUACCUAACGGAAACAGCUUGAUCCCAGAAACAUCUUUUCAAUGUAAUAUUACUUCGGACGAUGGAACGAAGAAUGAAGAAGAUAUUUCAACCACAAUGUAAAAUCGUACAGAGAAACGUAGAGUAGAACUAUUAUUAUGGUGAAAUAUCAAGUACCGUCAAUCUAAAGAAAAAUGUUGUAAAGUAUAGAGUAGGCAAGUGCUUUGGCCGGCAUCAGAUCCGGAGUCCUAUUUUUAAACUUCUCUGAGUCUGACUCAGAUUUCACACUUUUUAAGCGUGGAGUCUAUAUUUUAAAACUAAGUUCCCAAAGUUCAUGAAUUUUGCUAUCCCGUAGUUAGAGUCAGAUUUUUGUGUUUCGGAUCCCAUAUUUGAAAGUCAAACGCAAAAUCUCCGCACUUGAUUGUUCACGUUCUUCUGUCAAUGUAAGCUAUUAUUAUUGUUGUUAUAGCUGCUUCCUACUGUGCUUAUAUUUUGAAUCGUUUACAGAUUGUGGAAAUGCUUACUCUGUAUUUAAAAAUUGCAAUUGAAUUUUAUUUAUCUAUUCACGGGUGAAAGAUUGAAAAACUUGGGUCGAUACAUAUAUAAAUAUUUGUUACAUUAUUUUUAGUUUUGUCCACAUUUACGACCUACUACCGUGCAGUAGGAUAAUUUGACUUCACUAGGAAACCAUGUGUAUUUUAUUAGAGCAAAUUGUUGAGUGCCUUUGAGAUUGUUGAAUGUCUUCAUUUCUACCACUGUAUUGUCCAUGAAUGUUAUUUUUUGUUAGUUUUAUUGCUUGAUUCUUCAAUACGGUGCUACACAAUAAUAUAUAUAUAUACACGUCUUAAGACAAUA